AUGACUUCCAAUCUUUUUUCAAGGCUCUUGCCUCCAUCGAAUGGAGAACCUUCAAUCUACGAAACACUUAGGCAACAUGAGGACGCCUCUGAACCGUCUGAUGGCGAAGAGCGUACCAACACAGCGGUAGACGACGACAAUCUCGACCAAAGCUUUCAUGAUGAUGAACUGGAUGUUAAUAGCUCUGGAGAUCGGGAAGUCGAUGAUGGGACCUCACCCCACUCAAGAGAGGGUCGAAAGUCAUUACACAGACAGGCUCCGAAGCCAGGCCGAGGACACACACUGAAAGGGAAAGAAUCAGAAGACAUGGAUGGCGAGGUGCCACAGUCUCUCUUAAUUGAAGAUAAACAGCUUCCCAUCGUCGAUCCCAACGAACAUAUGGACAUGACCCUUCCGCCUCCAAUACCUGGACCCUCGACCCAUACUGCUCGUGCUAAUUGGCAAAUCACGCAAAGAGAACACCAACUUUAUGGUGAUCGACCGCCAUUCCAAACGGUACCUGGCUUAGGAAAUCGCCGCGGUCGUCCUCUCAGCAUCUUAGAACCUAAGCUACAAGCUACGUGGAUGUGGGCCAACGUCGAUAAUUUGGAUCGUUUCCUAAAUCAAGUGUACGAUUACUACGUAGGGCAUGGCAUCCGCAGUAUCUUAUUGAGUCGUUUUGUCAAACUCAUGACUUUAGCAUUCGUUGUGACGUUUACGACUUUCUUAACCUCGUGUAUUGAAUACAAGAAACUUCCACAGAGCCAUACCAUGUCGCAGAUUCUCAUACCGAAAUGCACUAGAAAUUUGUCCGGCUCUGCCAACUUACUGCUCUGGCUCUUCACAUUCUUCUGGGUCUUCAAGGUCUUUGAUUACUGUCGGGAUAUUCGUCGAUUACGAUCCAUGCAGACCUUCUAUCGUCAUCUGCUAGAGGUCCCAGACUCUGAUAUGCAGACGAUAUCCUGGCAGGAGGUCGUCAAAAAGCUGAUGGAUCUGCGAGAUCUAAAUCCUGCAACAGCAGCAGGCACUAAAGAGCAACACCGACGUUUUAUGGGUAACCAUUCAAAGCAGAGAAUGGACGCACACGACAUUGCUAACCGACUUAUGCGGAGAGACAAUUACCUUAUUGCACUAAUUAAUAAGGAUAUACUCGAUUUCACGCUUCCACUACCAUUCUUGAGAAACAGACAGCUCUUCUCAAGAACGCUGGAGUGGCAUUUGCAAUACUGCAUUCUCGACUUCGUCUUCAAUGAGCAGGGGCAGGUUCGAAGCCUAUUCCUCAAAGACUCGCAUCGAAAAGGUCUAAGUGAUGGCUUUCGAAGCCGCUUUCUCUUUGCAGGUUUCAUAAGCCUUGUCUGUGCUCCAUUUACCGUCUUGUACUAUAUGCUUGUCUAUUUCUUCCGAUAUUUUACCGAGUACCAGCGCAAUCCUUCCCAAAUAGGGUCUCGCCAAUAUACGCCCUUUGCGGAAUGGAAAUUUCGAGAAUUCAACGAGCUGCAACACCUGUUCGACCGGCGCAUCAAUAUGUCGUACCCGUUUGCUUCAAGGUACAUUGAUCAAUUCCCAAAAGACAAGACCAUCCAAAUAUCGGGACUCGUAGCCUUUGUUGCUGGCGCUCUGACGUCAGUACUAGCAGUUGCUUCACUCAUUGACCCGGAGUCGUUUCUGUCAUUCGAAAUCACAUCAGAACGGACAGUACUGUUUUACCUGGGCGUAUUUGGAUCAAUAUGGGCCAUCGCAAGAGGCAACAUGCCAGAGGAGAAUUUGGUAUUCGAUCCUGAGUACGCUCUCAGUAAUGUGACUGAAUAUACGCAUUAUAUGCCCCAACAUUGGAAAGGCAGACUACACACGAACGAAGUCCGUACGGAAUUCGCCCAGCUCUAUCGAAUGAAGGUACUCAUUUUUCUAGAGGAAAUAAUGAGCAUCAUCCUAGCCCCGUUGGUACUAUGGUUCAGUCUGACGAAAUGUUCCGAUCGCUUGGUCGACUUCUUCCGUGAAUUCACCAUCCAUGUGGAUGGCAUGGGAUAUGUAUGCUCUUUUGCUGUGUUCGACUUUAAAAAGGGUGGCAACAGUGCGCCUCAAAUUGACGAUGUCGCCGCUCGCGAUCUCAGGGAGGAGUACUAUUCUACAAAGGAUGGCAAGAUGCUCGCAUCGUAUUAUGGUUUCAUUGACAACUAUGUCACCAACCAGCGCCCUGGUGCCCCUUUCCUUCGUCCUACUAACAAAAACAGCUUUCACGCCCCUCCUACCUUCCCUGGCCUUAUGUCCACUUCGCUUGUGGCUGACGCUCAAAGUCCAUAUCUUGGUACAGUGCCUCGCUCAGAUCGCUCCAAGGCACAUCACCGCUCGGUGCUUGCUGGGGCAGGCGUUGGAACCCAAGCGGCACACCGACGGACUCCACGCUUCGCUCCGUCAGGAAGCCAAGCAUCUCCAGUCGCAUCAAUGCUACUCGAUCCUUAUCACCAACCAUCUGUAGGAAGUGCCCAGCGUGUUAGGAGAUUUGGCGCGCAAUCUCGAUUGAGGGCUUCGCGCACGCCUAUUGACCAUCCUAUAGAAGAUGAAGAAGCUGAUUUUGAGGAUCAUAUGCCUCAUGUCACGGAUCUAGGUGAGGAUGGCAUAAUACAGGAAAGCAACCUCGGAGGAUCCUGGAAGACGACAAAAGCCGGAGCGAGAGACAAUGAGGAUGAAGACGACGACGAGGGAGAAAACGAAGAUAAGGCUCCCGGUGUUCUCGGAUUGGUAUACCAAUUCUCUAAGGCUCAAAAUGAAGGACGCCCAAGCGUCAACAUAUAG